AUGGCGUCAGCGCUCUUCUUCCUUGACCUGAAGGGCAAGACCCUUCUUGCCCGCAACUAUAGAGGAGAUAUCCCCAUGUCUGCCGUCGAGAAGUUUCCCAUACUCCUAAGUGAAGCGGAAGAGGACUCCUCCGCUGUCCCGCCGUGCUUCUCAAACGAAGGAAUCAAUUAUCUCUACAUACGUCAUAACAACCUCUACGUCCUUGCUCUCACAAAACGAAAUACUAAUGCGGCCGAGAUCCUGCUCUUCCUCCACAAAAUCGUCGAAGUUUUUACAGAGUACUUCAAAGAGCUAGAAGAAGAAAGUAUAAGGGACAACUUCGUAAUUAUCUACGAAUUGCUUGACGAGAUGAUGGACUUUGGGUACCCACAGACCACAGAAACAAAGAUAUUACAAGAGUACAUCACCCAAGAAUCACACAAGCUUGAGGUCCAGGCCCGGCCGCCAAUUGCUGUCACAAACGCAGUUAGUUGGCGGAGCGAAGGCAUACGCUAUCGAAAGAACGAAGUUUUCCUGGACGUUAUCGAAUCUCUCAACCUUCUCGUAUCUGCCAACGGCAAUGUGUUGAGGUCAGAAAUCUUAGGCGCAGUCAAAAUGAAAUGCUAUCUAUCAGGUAUGCCAGAGUUGCGACUGGGAUUGAACGACAAGGCUAUGUUUGAGACAACGGGUCGCGCUACACGGGGGAAGGCUGUCGAGAUGGAAGAUGUCAAAUUCCACCAGUGUGUGCGUCUGUCUCGGUUCGAGAAUGACCGCACAAUCAGUUUCAUACCACCGGACGGUGAAUUUGAACUGAUGAGCUACCGACUGAAUACUCAGGUCAAACCCUUGAUUUGGGUGGAAUGCAUUGUGGAGACUCAUUCAGGCAGCCGAAUUGAGUAUAUGCUCAAGGCAAGGGCACAAUUCAAGCGACGCAGCACCGCAAAUAACGUACAAAUAUCUAUACCAGUGCCGGACGAUGCCGACUCACCAAGAUUUCGAACAAAUAUCGGCACAGUACAUUAUGCGCCUGAAACAUCGUCGAUAGUAUGGAAGAUUAAGCAAUUUGGCGGCGGUAAGGAAUUUUUGAUGCGUGCAGAGCUAGGUUUGCCCUCAGUACGCGGAGACGAUGAGAAGGGAGGAGGCAUGAUGGGAGGUUUUGGUGGAAGUAUGGGCGGGGUAGCUGGUGGCAAGGGAAAGAGGCCUAUCAGCGUCAAGUUCGAGAUUCCAUAUUUUACGACGAGUGGUAUUCAAGUGCGGUAUCUCAAGAUCAUUGAACCCAAGCUUCAAUACCCGUCGCUCCCAUGGGUACGAUACAUUACACAGUCGGGCGACAUCGCAGUACGGCUCCCAGAGGUGCAGUAAUGGAAGACGAGUCCACCGGCCAGCAUGUAUUGAGGAUGCGAUUAGAUACCCAGCAAUACAUGAUGGAGAAACCGAACAAGGCAAAACACUCGUCAGCCUGACAAAUGCAUGCCAAGGGACAGAUAGACAGGCCCCCAGGCGACCAAUGAUUUCGUGACUAGAGCUUUGCACCAUCAGCACACGGCAUGAUCAAUAGCACUCGCACUGCAUAUGCGUUGCGUGGUGCUCUGUCGUCAGCAGUUCUCGGUAGAUCGCUACUGGUCGCCAGACUGAUAUUGACUGCACAGGACACAGAUGUAGCACAAGCGGACGGGCAUGUACGUGUAUGCACCUGGCCUAAGACGUCUUGCCCGCACACACACACACACACGCACA